UGCGAUUUCGAUGAGAGAUAUUAUUUUGUCAUAUUGUUUACGCUCUAAUCUUCGUUUUAUCACCUACAUAUUACGUAUUUGGUGAAAUAUGCUCGCUCGAUGUUUUUUAUUUUAUUUUAUUUUUUUCCCCUUUUAACAUGCCAAAAGAAGUUGCACGCCUCUUCCGUUAAUCCGAAAAAUGUCGAUCAAACGUACGCCUCUCAUUCACACAUACUUAGUCUCUGAUGCUUGAUCAUCUUUAUUUUAUGAUUAUACAUACACUAUACCAGUGAACGUAGUAUGUAAGUGCGUCUGUAGAGUUUCAAGCGGCAAGACACCGAAAUCCACUUAAUCUCAUAAAAAGUCUCGAUCGCACAUGCGCAGUCGCAGAACGCGACGAAAUAAAUAGUAUACUACAUAUGUAUAUGUACGAUGAGGUUUAUUAUUUAUUUAUUUCCACCGUAUUGGCGAGCUCGACUUAAACAAAUAACCAUCCUUUUAUCAUCUAAUGAUACAUUUGCUUAUGACUAAAUUAGGUGUAGCUGUUAAUACAUAAAUCAUAGAUUCGCUACACUAGAACAUUAUACCUGUAUGCAUGUGUCUAAAAAUGAGGCAUUGUCAUUGGAGAGAUAAUAAUAAUAAUAAUAAUAACAAUAACAAUAAUAAUAAUAAUAAUAAUAAUAAUAAUAAUAAAGUUGAUACGAACCUCCGAGGGUAUUGCGUUGGGCGACGGGCGGGUGCCUCAAUGAAAUGCAUGACAAAAGUCCGUCGCAGUCCGUCGUCAAGACGACGAAUGCCCUCGAAGGAUAGGUUAUUGCUAUUACGUCGAUAGACUGGAAUAGUUUGCUCUUGUAAAAGCGGCAGUGGCUACAGUGGCGGUGGUAAGUACACUGUACUAAGUACUGUGCGCAGCAGGUAUGUCGGAUCCUUUGCUCCCUUCGUCGCAUAACAGCAAGCUCAACAGUUUAAAUCGAAGGAUCCUCGAGAUCAAGAAGAAAAUACAAUUGUCUGAGGGCCAGAGGAAGGCAACUUUCGAAGAGUGCGAUGCAAAGAAACGGGAGAACGCCGAGAGGAUAGCCGAGCUCAAAGGGAGCGCGGCCAGUUUGCGCCUCGAGCUAGUCAAGGCGAAAAAUACUGACGCGGCGACGGAACGCGUCGCGGGACAGAACGAGGCUAAUCUCGGCACGGGCAGGCAACGACUGGACCAAGUAAUUUCGAAAUUGGAGAACGACAAUGUUCGGCUGCGCAGGAAGCUCGAUCUCGUGCGAUAUCGAAGUGAGCAGCAACAAAAUAAGCUCGCCAGCUUACUGCGAGAGUACGAGGAACUGAUGAUGGCCGACAGAAGUCGAAGACGAAUUGGAAAGGAGACGUACGACCCACUGAAAAAGAGAAUCAUCGUACUUGAGAAUGAAUUGCACAAAAGUAGUAUCGUGCAGAUGGAGGCUGAUAUGGUGCGCAAGAAGUACAGAUGCGUGCGCUCGGGUUUGAAAUCCGACGGCGCUAUUUAUGCCUCCGCUUUGGAAAAUCUUAAGGGGAGCAUAGACGAGCAGAAAAGGGAGAUCGAGAGAUUGGAGGGCGUCAAGAAGGAAGCCUCGAAGCUCGGCGACGUAACGAGAGCGGCCCUAGCGCGAGAGGAGCUGGAGGCGCUGAAUACGAGUAAAGAACGCGAUUGCGUCAUUCUCGAUUACAGGCAGCGCGUCGAGGACAGGAAGUUGGAGCUCGAAAGAUUGGAAAGAAUGAUAUUUCCCGGUACGGUUUCGACGCGGCCGCUUCCGCUUCCGCUUUCGCUUUCGCGCGAGGAGCUGAAUUUGGAUCGCGCCAGGGAGGAAGGAAUCGAGACUGGUGGGCUGGCUUCCACGAUUGCAAAGACGUCGACCGCUCGAAUUGGAAGUUCGGCAGAAUCGAGCGGCCAGACUAAUGGGAAUUCGGAAAAUUCGACCUGGAGUCUCGAGGAAUCCUUCGCUAAGCUACGGUGCGUCACCGGGGUCACCAGGAGGAACGAUCUUGUGCUGGACCGAUUUCUUGGGCAACGAGCGACCAAGGAAAGGCUGCAAGCGAUGCGCACGGCUACGGAGAACGAGAAGAUGCUUCUCGAGAGAAGGAGGCAACAGCUAACGGCUGAAAUUGAAAUGCACAAGUUUUCCGAGACAAAGGAUGCCGAUCAAAACCUCGAGGAAGCGGAGAGGCUGACCGGACUGAUACGGAUGGAACGUCAUCGCGAGGAACGUGCCGAAGCGGAGGCUCGUCGAGUGCAAGCACUCUCGAGCCUUGUCGUUCGAACGCUCUAUCGUUUUGCCGAAAACUAUCUGGAAAAAAAUACGUUAUCCUCGCUCAGUGACGAAGAGCAAUCAGAAGUUGUGGUCCUUCUGGAAAAAAGUAUUGGCGCCAUGAUCAAGAGAAUAGCCACCGCAACGGAUAGAACCGUGGAUGCCGGUCGAUUCGGUCUCGAGGGCGAAUCUACCGCUUCCGACAAGCUGGACAGUCUGUCAAUUGGUACCUGCGCAUCGGCCGAUGGGAAGGACAGCCGAGCUGGGAGCAGUCGAACGAUGAGAACGAACGAGGAUCGAUCUUUGUUUCCACGAUUCCCAAUAUUGGCGCCUGCGACAUCGGCAGCUCCUACGCCAUUGUCCGAUGACGACGAAGACAUUCCCACCCGUACGAUUCUUAAGAGACAGGCGCAGCUUCUCGUUGACACCAAGAGCCGACGAAAACCAUUUAAUUUUAGACGAUAAUACGUUCAUUUCAAAGCCAAAUAUUUAGCAGCCGACGCUCAAUCGUUUCAUGAAUUUCUUUUAGUAAAGCGUAGCUACUCAUAUUAUAAAGACAUGUCUGUAACCAAUACGUCCGAGGAUAUUCGUAUCACGGUAGUUAUAAGAUGAUGCCGCUAGUACGAAUAACCUUAGGCAUCAAGUAAUAACAAUUCGUAGGCAUCGCGACGCUCAAUUCUUGCGCACCUCUCAGGCCCCCUGGCCCACCAGCCACGGGUAUAUAAACGGCGACGCUUCGCGACUCGAGGCAUUCUAUCACCUGAGCUAGCCUUUAGUAAAGUAAACGGGCCCACUACGGGUCCCACUUGGCCAUCAUUUCUAGAGGUACUUCUACUCUUGUAAUCGAGCAAACCGUCUCUUCUGCCAGGUAGAAUCAAUCUCCGCAUUUCAGUUGGGCCGUCACUUUGACACGUGUCAUCAUUGUGCCGUUUCCCCUAUACCUACAUGCCUUCAUAACUUUUUUUUAAGACUUGCACAACUAGCUACUUUGCGAAUGAGACUUCUCACCUCGCCAAGAUAGCAACGUUGUUUCGGAUAGGACCACGUCUACCUGUGAUCACGAGUUCCCUAGUGGAAGACUGCUCAACGGCACCACGCUUGUAUUUUAACCAGUCAAUCAAAUUCUGUAAUCAAAUUCCGCUGGUCGGAGGCUGCUUUCAGACACGAUUUCAGAUUUCAUUGAUAGAAUCGGAAUUAGAGCCAAGACAGAAUCACACGAGACUAGGAGUCCCUAUGAUCCCUAUGAUUUCCGUUCCCGUCAGACAUAUCGUGUAGGUAAACCUCGUGUAACAAUCCUACUGAUACAAUUGACUUUCCGAUCACUAAUCUUUUCUAUAUACCAUCUAUAAUAAUUACUACUUUCCGAUUACAUUUAUAUUUAUUCUUUGCUUACUAACACCCAGCAUUCUCUAGGCUGGAUCUGCACUAACCCUCUUUGU